CGGCAGCACAGAGCCUUCUGGGCCUGGAAAACAUACAUUCGGUGGGACUCAUAGAAGAGCAGGGGCCAGAAGAGUUUCAAAGAUACCUUCAAAGGGGAAAACCUAAGCUGAGUCCUGCGCUCUGAGUCCACCCUCUCUGCUACAUUGCCCAACCUCACCCUCUGUCAGGAAAUGGCUGAAGAGGCUGAUCUCAUGAGUGAGGUUCCCAACAGAAAGGCGAAGACGAGGAACCAAAAACAGACAGAAUUGUCUAAAAGAGUCAAGCAUCUACUAGCCUAUUACUUGGGGACACUGAAGGAAGAAGAGCUGAAGGAGUUCCAGAGUUAUCUGCCAAACCAAGCACACUUGGAGAGUUCUUCCACCAGGACACCAGCUCAGCCAAAGGAGACGAGCAGCACAGAGGUGGCCUCAUACCUAGUGGCUCAGUAUGGGGUUCAAGGGGCCUGGUUUCUCGCUUUACACAUCUGGCAGGAGAUGGGCCUAAACCUGCUGUGUUCCCAGGCAGAAGCAGAGGACUUGAAAUGGCAAAGAUGCCAGAACCAAGAAAGAAAGGAUCUUUGCCCCACAGAGUUCCAGAAAAAUGAAGAUUUGCUCCAAAAAUUCACAGAACUGCUACUUCUACAAAAAUCUCACCCAAGAGGUCAGGAGCCCCUGGUCAUGGAAAUCUGGCCUCAGGACACAGCAGAAGAGAGAGGAAACUUGAUUAGGAUUCAAGACAUAUUUGGCACAAGUCCAGGUAGCCAGAAAGAAGCUCAAAUAGUCAUAGUGGAGGGAGCUGCUGGAAUUGGGAAGUCAAUGCUGGCCAGGCAGGUGAGGAGAGCCUGGGAGGAAGGCCAACUCUACAGGGAUCGCUUCCAGCACGUCUUCUACUUCAGCUGCAGAGAACUGGCCAAGUGCAAGAUGUUGAGUCUGGCUGAGCUCAUUGCAAAAGAUCAGCCUGCCCCUGUGGUUCCCAUGGGGCAGCUCCUGUCUCAGUCCAAGCAGGUGCUCUUCAUCCUGGAUGGUGUGGACGAGCCAGCAUGGGUCUUGAAGGAGCAGAAUCCUGAGCUCUGUCUGCACUGGAGGCAGCCACAGCCGGUUCACACAUUGCUGGGCAGUUUACUGGGGAAAUCCAUCCUUCCUGAGGCUUCGUUGCUGCUCACAGCUCGGACCACAGCUCUCCAGAAGCUCAUUCCUUCUUUGGGGCAGCCCUGUUGGGUAGAAGUCUUGGGAUUCUCUGAGUCUGGUCGGAAAGAAUAUUUCUACAAUUAUUUCACAGAGGAAAGUCAAGCAGUUAGAGCCUUACAUUUGGUUAAAUCAAAUCCCACACUCAUGACCCUGUGCCUGGUGCCCUGGGUGUGCUGGCUGACCUGCACUUUCCUGAAACAGCAGAUGGAGAAGAGGGGAGACCUCUCACUGACCUCUAAAACCACCACAGACCUCUGUCUGCACUACCUUUCCAAGAGUCUCCCAACUCAGCUCCUGGGAACCAAGCUCAGGGGCCUCUGCUCAUUAGCUGCUGAGGGGAUUUGGGGAAGGAGGAGUCUGUUCAGUGAAAGAGAUCUCUGGAAGCAGGGGUUAGAUGAGGCUGUCGUCACCACUUUCAUGAAGAUGGGUUUCCUUCAAAAGCAUCCCAGUCCUUGUAGCUACAGCUUUGCUCAUCUGUGUCUCCAAGAGUUCUUUGCAGCAAUGUCCUUUGUCUUGGGAAAUAAGGUGAGGAGUGAUUUUGAAAACUACAGAAUUGAGCAAGGAUGGAUAGAAGUGUUUGGAAGGCCUGACUUGUUUGAGACACCAACCAUGCACUUCUUAUUUGGCCUUUUGAAUAAACAGAGGGUGAAAAAGAUAGAGUUUUUCCCCUGCAGGAUGCCUUGGGAAAAGAGGGAGCUACUGGAGCUACUGUGGAAGGUCUUUGCAGAGGCCCAACGCCAACAACAGUAUUCUCGAGGGAUAUUCCACUGUCUGUACGAGAUUCAGGAUACAGAGCUCCUGCAGGAGAUGCUUAAUACCUCAAAAAUAAGGAUGUAUGAUGUGAUGGCUAUUGAACAUCCCUUGGUCCAGACAAAUGUGAAGUAUUUAGUGGUCCAGACAGACGUGGAACUCCUGAUGGUCACUUUCUGGAUUAAGUUCUGUACCGACGUGAGGAGGCUUCAACUGAAUGUGGGGAGACAGCAGGAACAAGUGCUGAGGGCCCCCAGGAUGAUUCUGUCCAAGUGGACGCCACUUACAAAUGCCAGUUGGCAGGUUCUUUUCUCCACUAUUAAGGUCACUGGAAGCCUGAAGGAGCUGGACCUAAGUGGAAAUCCUCUGAGCUAUUUUGCAGUGAAGACUCUUUGUAGGGCCCUGAAACACCCUGGUUGCUGCCUGAAGACUUUGUGGCUGGUUGACUGUGGCCUCACGUCCAGCCAUGGCCGGAUCCUGGGCUCAGUGCUCAGUGACAGGUCCAACCUGAUAGAGCUAGACCUGCAGCUGAAUGACCUGGGUGACCAUGGCGUGGUGCUGCUUUGUGAAGGGCUCAGGCAUCCCGCCUGCCGCCUUAGGCACCUGCGGCUGGAUGAGGCCCCUUUGAGUGUUCAGGUGAUAAUGGAACUGAGAGCCCUGGAGGCAGAGAGACCUCAGUUGCUCAUCUCCAGUACAUGGAAGCCACGUGUGAUGACCCCUACUCAAGGCCUGGUUGGAAGAGAAUCAAGUGACAUCACCACCUCACUCAAACAACUGAAACUACAGUCAGAGGAAGGAUCCUCACAGGCAGCACAGUUGGAGGCCUUCUGCCCUUUACCUUCCUCUCCAGGAGACAUGCACACAGAGCCUCUGUGGACUGAAGACACUUUCUGGGGCUCCACAGGGCCUGUGGCUACUGAAGUGGUUGGCAAAGAGAAGAACCUAUAUCGAGUUCACUUCCCCAAGGCUGGCUCCUACCACUGGCCCAACAUAGGACUCCGCUUUGUGGUGACAAAGGCAGUGGUCGUUGAGAUUGAAAUCUGUGCCUGGAGCCAGUUCCUGGACAAUUCUCCCCUGCUGGACACAUACAUGGUGGCUGGGCCUCUGUUUGACAUCAAGGCUGAGCAGGGAGCUGUGGCUGCUGUGUACCUCCCUCACUUUGUGGCCCUCCAAGAGGAAAAGGUGAGCAUCUUCUGCUUCCAAGUGGCCCAUUUUAAAGAUCAUGGGAUGAUCCUGGAGAAGCCAGCCAGUGUGGAGCAGCAUUACACGGUCCUGGAAAAUCCCAGCUUCUCUCCGAUGGGAGUUCUACUAAAAAUUAUCCCUGCUGCCCGGCGCUUCAUCCCCAUCACCUCCAUCACAUUGCUGUACCAUAAGCUUCAUCUCCAGGAAGUCACUUUCCACCUCUACCUGAUCCCCAAUGACUGCACCAUUCGGAAGGCCAUAGAUGAUGAAGAAAUGAUGUUCCAAUUUGUGCGAAUACACAAGCCACCCCCUAUGGAACCCCUUUACAUUGGCAGCCGCUACACUCUUUCUGGUUCUGAACAUCUGGAAAUCAUCCCCAUGGAACUGGAGCUGUGCUACCGGAGCCCCAGAGAAUCCCAGCUCUUCUCUGAGAUCUAUGCGGACCACAUAGGUUCAGGGAUUAAGCUCCAAAUGAGAGACAAGAAGCAUAUGACCCUCAUAUGGGAGACCUUGUUGAAACCAGGAGACCUGAGACCUGCACCAACCCUGGUCCCUCCAACCCCUAAAGGUGCUUCUGCCCCGAUACACUUUGUGGACCAGCAUCGGGAGCAGCUGGUGGCCCGAGUGACAUCAGUGGACCCUGUGUUGGACAAGCUUUAUGGUCAGGUGCUGAGUGAAGAAGAUUAUGGGAAGGUGAGGGCUGAGACCACCAAUCCCAACAAGAUGAGGAAGCUGUUCUGCCUCAGCCAGUCCUGGAACAGGACCAAUAAAGACCAACUCUACCAAGCCCUGAAGGCGACCCACCCUCACUUGAUCAUGGACAUCUUUGAGAAGUUGGGAGGGGUUUCCGGAGGAUCCUAACACCUUUGUAGCUGAAGUCUAAGCACUGUCCUUUGAAUACUGGCUCGGAUGACAUUUCUUUGACCCUCAGUUUCUCCAGCUGUAAACAAUUUUCCGUCUGAGUUGCCUUUCUGAUGGCACUGUUUCCAGGACACCUCAGGAGGACCCAGGUGUCCCACCCCUCCUUGGUUUUCACCAACCAACUGCCUAGUGGGAAGAAAACUUCCAUCCGGAUCUGGCAAGACUAUAUAGACUUGUGGAGCCUGCUCUUCUGGCCAGAGUGGACAGCCUAGAGCCCCACCUGUGCCAUCAGAACAUAAGCAGGAGCGGGGGGACAUGGGAAUGGAGACGAUGGAAAUGGACACAUGUCCUUGGAAAGUGUCAAUGCCUUAUGAGUUGGAGAAGAAAAAGGCUUCUUAAACAUUUCCACAUUCAUCCCCUUUCUGCCCAAGA